UGAUCAACGCAGUCAACGCACGUGAAAGUUGAAAGUAAACAUGGCCGCCCUCGUCAGGUGCCGAACCGCUUUCGGACUUUGUAAUCGCGUCCUGCGCGCUUCCCGAGGCCUCCCUUUGCGGUUGGAAGGUUCCAAAACCUUAAGUAAGAGUUUUAUUACAGAUGUGAAACCCAUCGGUGCUAUUUUACAUCAUAAUAAUUUUCAAAGAUAUGAAAUAAUAUGCCGCUCGUUCAGCACACAGCAGGAGCCUGCUCAGCCACCCUCUUCAUCAGUGGACCGACUUGAAUUUCAGGCCGAAACGCGGAUGCUGCUUGACAUUGUGGCCAAAUCGCUCUACUCCGAAAAAGAGGUUUUUAUACGCGAGCUCAUUUCAAACGCAAGUGACGCUUUGGAAAAACUGCGUCAUGAACGAUUGUCAGCGCAGCAGGCAGAGUCGGGAGGAGAAAAGCAUGAAUCUGCUCUUGAAAUAAAGAUUGAAACCGACAAGCAAAACAGGACCUUUACUAUUCAGGAUUCAGGUAUUGGAAUGACCAAAGAAGAGCUCAUCCAAAACUUGGGCACCAUCGCCAGAUCAGGAUCUAAGGCUUUCCUUGAGCAACUGAAGAGCAAGUCGGGUGGCGCGCAUGAUUCAUCUGCUAUCAUUGGCCAAUUUGGCGUGGGUUUCUACUCCAGCUUCAUGGUUGCCGACCGAGUUGAGGUUUUUACCAAAGCAGCUGGUUCUGAUGCUCAGGGAUACAAAUGGUCAUCAGAUGGAACCGGGACUUAUGAAAUCCAACCUGUGGACAGUGCUGAAACUGGAACAAAAAUCAUUCUUUACCUGAAGGCAGAAAGUAGAGAAUUCAGUGAUGAGGACACAAUAUUAGGUGUUAUCAAGAAGUACAGCAAUUUUGUCGGAAGUCCAAUUUAUGUCAACGGUCAGCAGGCUAACACAAUCCAACCCCUUUGGAUGAUGGACCCGAAAUCCGUCACUCCGCAGAUGCAUGAUGAGUUUUACCGCUUUGUAGGCAACUCGGGUGAUCGACCGCGCUUCUGCAUGCAUUAUAAGACUGACGCCCCACUUGGCAUCAGGGCACUUCUCUACUUCCCAGAGGGAAAGCCUGGUCUUUUCGAUCUUACGAGAGAAGGUGACCAGGGAGUUGCUCUUUACACAAGAAAGGUGCUUAUCAAGAGCAAAGCUGACAAUAUCCUGCCCAAGUGGCUUCGUUUUGUAAAAGGUGUUGUUGAUUCCGAAGACAUUCCCCUGAAUUUAAGCAGAGAGCUUCUUCAAAAUAGUGCGCUAAUCACGAAGCUGAGAACCAUCCUCACCAACAGAAUUUUGCGGUUUUUGCAAGAAAAGGCAACCAAAGAUCCAGAAGAGUUUGAAAAGUUUUACCAAGAUUACGGACUGUUUUUGAAAGAAGGCAUUGUUACUGGUGCUCAGCAAAUGGAUAAAGAAGAAAUUGCAAAACUUCUCAGAUUUGAAUCCUCAACCCAGAAGAGUGGGGAAAAAGUCACUUUACCCGAGUACUGCAAUCGUAUGAAAAAAGAUCAGAGAGAUAUUUACUACCUUGCUGCCCCUAGUCGGGCUUUGGCUGAAGCAUCUCCGUACUACGAAGCUAUCAAAAAGAAGGAUAUUGAAGUACUCUUCUGUUACGAGCCAUACGACGAACUUGUUUUGAUGCAACUCAGGCAGUUUGACUCUAAGAAUUUGACUUCCAUCGAAAGGGAGAUGCGAAUGGACAGAGAAUCAACAGACGUCUCCGACUACGGCCCAGACAGUUUGUCCAAAAUUUCGGUUGAUAAACUGCAGAAGUGGAUCAAGGGUGUGCUCUCUGGCAAGGCGUACUCUGUGACUGUAACACAAAGGUUGGACACCCACCCUUGUGUGGUCACUGUCGAAGAGAUGGCUGCUGCUAGGCACUUCAUUCGAACACAGUCUCACCAACUGACUGAAGAAUCACGUUACUCUCUGCUCCAGCCACGCUUCGAAAUUAAUCCAAAACAUCCGAUCAUCAAAAAGUUAAAUACGCUGACUGACAGCAACCCUAAACUAGCCGAGCUAGUCACCCAACAACUGUUUUCAAACGCAAUGGUUUCGGCUGGGUUGGUAGAGGAUCCGCGCACUGUAGUCACCAAUAUGAACGACCUCUUGAACUUGGCUCUGGAGAAACAUUGAAGUUUGGCAAAUUUGCAGAUUGUGGACAAGUGUGAGUGAGAUUCUUUUUGUACAUUAUUCCACCAGAUCUUACAAAACGGAAUUCCGGCCAAAAAAAUCUAAGAAAAAAAAUACUUAGAUAAUUUAGCUGCUAUAGAAAUAAAAAGGAAAACCAGAUUCGUUUUAAUUUGGUGCAAAAUCGA